AUGGCAAUUCCCCCCAAAAUGCUUGAGCGCCGUACGGUGUUUGGUGUACGGGAAAAUGUAAAGGAUGGGAUCCAGUAUCUAGACGACGAUAACAUUGUCUGGGUUGCCGGUAAUACUCUUAUUCUUUUGGAUACUCAGAUGGGCGUUCAAGAACUCACACCCUGCUCUCCUUCGUGUGAGUCCGUCACCGCCAUGGCUCUAUCGCUAAAUCAUCAUGUUCUGGCGGUAGCCGAGAGUGGGCCUAACCCUUGCGUCGUGAUUUAUUUGUUCGAUGCCACCACAAAGCCACGUCUACGGGGCAAGAAGAUAUUACAAAUGCCCGAUGUGGGAUCAACCGAGUACGUUUCCUUGAGUUUUUCACAGGAUGGGAAGAACUUAGCAGUCCUGGGGGGGUUUCCAGAGUGGAAAAUCAUCUACUGGAAUAUCGGAAAGGCGAAGGUGCUCUCGGCAUGCUCUGUUAUAGGAAGGGAAGGCAUCGUCACCGACCGCCACUACCUUAAUCAGUGCAGUAUUUCUCCCAAUAAUCCGGGCCUUUUGUGUGUGUCGGGUCCAAAGACGGUUCGAUUUUUUAAACUUGUCGAAAGCGAAUUAACUCCAUGCUCAACGGCGCGUGGUUUGAAUGCGGAUGCGGCGGAUUGCCUGGCGCAUAUGUGGACCAUUUCAGACCCGAACCAUCUUAUUGUUUCUAGUGCUAACGGCGACCUCUUUCUCUUUGACAAUAUGGAGUACCAGUACCCACUUCCUAUUUCACCUUCUGAUGGUAUACCACUUCAUGCGCUGAAGGCGCAUAGCAAAGGCUUUGUUUGUGGUGGUGAUAUGGGCUUGAUUAUAAUAUUUGAGCGGACAAACAACAAGGAGAUGUACCGUAAGGUACGCAGUUUUCAAUUUACUUCUGACGGAGAACCUCGAACGGAGGCACUAUCACUCAACAACGAUCAGGAUGUCCCUAUUAUCCUCUCCUUUACGAUUACUCCUCCCCCAGCAGAGGAGACUUUGGCAUUUCUCACUAGCACCAAACAAAUCUACUGCUUGAAUUUACCCAAUGUUGACUUCAACCGCGUCGGGGAUUAUGUAUUUCAGCCUGUUGGCCAGCCCUUUCAUACGGGACCUAUAGUAGGUGUUGAUAUUAGCUGCCAACGCCCCCUUAUCGUCACGGCCAGUCGAAAUGGGCAGAUUUUUAUUUGGAAUAGCAUUACCAACAGCGUCGAGAUGCGGAAACGGUUUAAUUCUGAAAUUCGUAGCGUCGCGAUGCACCCGUCCGGACUUCACCUCUUGGUUGGUUUUAUAGAUAGCCUGAAGCUGAUGAACAUCUACGCCAAGGAUAUACGUGAAUUCAAGACCAUCGACAUUCGUUCCUGCGGGGCGUGCGCGUUUAGCUCGGGUGGGCAAUUCUACGCCGCGGCGCAUUCCUCAACGAUACACGUUUACUUUACGUACACCUGCGAGUUGCUCGGCCACCUGCGAGGGCACAGCGGAAAGGUCAAAAGUCUUUAUUUUGUCCCCCCGGACGAUACGCGGAUUGUUUCCACCGGCGCCGAUGGCGCGAUCUACGAGUUCAAUUUGAUGGAUUUCCACAAAGUCAACGACAACGUCGUCAAGGCCAUCACGUACAACUGCUCCGUGGCUGACGUCCACACCAUUUGGGCGGCCGGGAGCGACCGAAAACUCCGGCAGCUCGACCGCCAAACCCUGCAGAAGUGCGUCGAGCACGACCUCCACAGCGCCUCGAUGCUUUCCAUGGCGAUUAGCGUGCAAAUGAAGCUGCUUUUCUGCGGCUGCGAUGAUGGAACCGUGCGGGUGUUAAACACGUACUUGGGGGAGAAACUUUUCGAUCGCGAUCGGGAAUCCCUCAAGUCGAACUCUGGCAGCCGUCCCGGGAUUACGAUGGAGACCCACCCCGCUCACACCGGCGGGGUGCGCAUGAUGGCCUUAAGCCAUAACGAAAGCCUCCUGGUGAGCGUCGGGGAGGAUGGUUUGGUGGUGAUUUGGGAUGUCGUCGCCCCCCAUCGCGGCGGGCGGGCCGAAAUUGAGUAUUCCAAUGAGCUCCUUAUCGACCGCCAUGAGCUGGAUAAGGUGGUCAAAUUAAUCGAGUCCCUGCAAGGUCAGGUGUUGGAUCUCAAACAACGCAUGGUUCAACAGCAAUUGGAGCGGGAGCAGUCCCAUGAGGAGAAUAUCGCAAAGAUGGAGUGCGAUUACCGCCGUGAGCUCUCUCGGCUGACGGAGAAGAUCGACGCACUGGAUUCUGAAAAGAACGAACAGGCGAUUCGCUUUACCGAGUACAUGGCGGAGUUAGAAACCAAAACCCGCGAGACCGCGGACCAGACCGAGGAGGAUUACGGUGCGAAGAUCUCGUCGAUGCACGAGCGGGCGAAUCAGCUGCGUGUUCUUCUUUCGGAGCAGCGCGCGGAGUACGAGAGUAAUGUGGCCGAAGUUCGUCGUGAGGCCGCGGCUCAGCGCGCCGCGCAGCAGGUGCAAAGGGCCCAAUUCCUACAACAGCUCGAGGAGGAAUACCACGCGCUGCUUCUGAAAAAGGAGAAAAAUGACGCGGAAACGGAGACGAUGAACAACUGGAUUGAGGAGGAUAACGACAUCGAGCUGAUCAAAUGCAAGCAAAGCUAUGAAAGACGGCGUCGGGAGCAGGAGGAGGAGUUGGCGGCGCUGCAGGUUUCGAACAGCUUGAUGUUCGCGCAGGAGAACAUCAAGAAGACAGAGUUGGCGUCCAAAACGGCCGAUGUGAUGGAGAAGCUGCGGCAGCAGACGAUUUUGGAGGGCCAGAUCGAUGCCGCGAAACAUGACAUCAAGGCGUUGACGAAUGAGCUCCGUGAGCGAGGGGAUGCCAUCGAGGAGAAGGAGCGGCGCAUUGCGGAUCUGCAGCUAAAGAACCAGGAGCUGGAGAAGUUCAAGUUUGUGCUGGAGUACAAAAUAAAGGAACUAAAGGCCCAAAUCGAACCUCGCGAGGCUGAGAUACGCUCGGCUACCGAAAAGCUUACUUACAUGGAUGCCGAAGCCGAGCGGUAUCAACACAGUAAUGAGAAUUUAGUCUUGCAGAUUCGCAAUCUUCGCCAGAAGCGGGCUGGACGUCAGAAGGAGGUAGAUUCCCUCACUACCAAGAUGAAGGCCGUUCAGGAGUUCCAAUCUCGCUUGUGGACGGAGCUUUGUGAUGUGCACGAUGAGAUAGACAACCCACGUAGGCUCAAGGAGAUGGCGAAGGCACUUUUUGAUAAGUACACCUCCAAUAAACCACAACCCGCCGUUCAAAAAACUCUGACCUCUCGAACUGCGACUGACGAAGUUCGCGAUUACCACCGUGAGCGCAACCACUUGGAGCGGAACUUGGCAAGCCUCAAAAAGAAAGUAAACCGAGACGCUGAGAAUAACAGGGCGGAUAAGAAUCGUAUUUUAUCUGAGAAUGUCAUUUUGGUAAAGGAAAUCAAUGACUUGCGUAAGGAGGCGCGACUCUUGUCAAUAAAGGUCGGUAUAAUACGUCCAACGGAUCCAGCGGCGUCUGCAGCUUACGAAGAAUCAUUCCAGCGGGAGUUGGAGACCUACAAAUCUGAAUUUGACCAAUUAAGGCAGCUCGCUAAUCAAAUGGAAGAGAAACUUCGAGCUAAAAAUAUCCCCCUUCCAGGCAUGGGGGAAAUAAAGUGA